AUGUCCAAACACCAACCACCUUACAGCCCAGAACAAGAAGAAGAAGAAGAAGAAGAAGACUACAUGACCAUGACCUUUGACGACCACCCCCCAACCACCACCAACCCCAAAACCCAACUCCGCUCCAAAUGCAGCACCCCCUCCACAUCAACAACAUACGAAACCUCCCUCCAACGCCACCGGCGUCUCCGCCGCGAAGCAGAGGCCCGCGCCCGACCAAAAUCCAACGCCGAGCUGGCCGCUGAAGCCGACGCCCGGCGUGAGGCGGCCUUGUCGCGCUCGUUGUUUGAGACGAGGCCGGAGAGUAAGGGUUUGGCUAUGAUGGCCAGGAUGGGGUUUCGGGGGGGGAGUUUGGGGAGGAGGGGGGAUGCUGGCGUUAAGGUUGCGCCCAUCACCAUUCACCCCCGCCUCGACCGCAGCGGCAUCGGCCUCGAAUCCGACCGCAAGCGCAAACUCCGCGAGGCCGCCGCCGCCGCUGACACCGCUACCAAACGUGCACGCGCAGACGAAGGAGCCUACCGCGACCGGUUACGCCGUGAGCGGGAAGAGGCGCGCUGGAGUCGGCAGCUUGUGGCUGCGCAGCGGGUUUUGGAGGGGUUGGAUAGUGAGAAUCAGAGUCUGGAUCCGGAUUUGGAUCACGGGGGUCUUGAAGGGGAGGAGGAAGGGACCAGGAAAAGGGAAGCAGCAUCCCGCCCGCUAAAAUCCAUCCCCGUCGUCUACCGGGGCCUAAUACGCUCGCGAGAAACAACCGAGCGGGACCGGCGGAUGCGUCACGAUCUAGAGCAUGGACUGGCACAGGUGCGGUGGCGGGAGGGUCAGUUGCCGGGGUAUGAUGAUGCGGAUGAGGACGGGGAUGAUAAGAUGGCGCUGGGGAAGGAGAGGGCCGGUGGGACGGCCGUCUAUGUCACGGCGGAGGAUCUGGACGAGGAGGAUGAGGAGUUGGAGGCGUUUGAGGGGCUGCCGGUGGAGGAGAGGCUGGAGAAGGUGGUGGGGUAUUUGAGGGGGAAGUAUAGGUAUUGCUUUUGGUGUAAGUUUAAGUAUCCGGAUGAGGGGAUGGAGGGAUGUCCUGGGGUUACGGAGGAGGAGCAUGAUUAG